CCGCCGUCGCCGCUACCGCCGCCGCAGCCGCCGCCGCCGCGUUCCAUUCUCUAAGCCGGCGACAGCCUCGCCCCCCGCCUCCCGCCGUCUCCUCCCGCAGCACCGGCCAGAGCCAGCCAGACAGGGGCACUCAGGGCCUCGCCUAGACCCGAGAGGGUUGCGGGCGCGCGCAGGCGGCAGAGCGGAUCCCAGCGCCGCGGAAGCUUCGAGCGCCCCCCCCCUCGCGGAGGUCGCCGCGCGGUUCCCCGGGUAAAUCUACCCGUGGCUGACUUUAGAAUUCUUACUUCUGGCUUUUAAAUUUUUUUUUUUUUAAAUAACUUGGACGGAUAAAAGAUGUGCCAUGGCAGGAUAGCACCAAAGAGCACCGCAGCGUUGGCCGUGGCCUCCGUGGGACAUGGAGUGUUCCUUCCGCUGGUGAUCCUUAGUACCCUCCUUGGAGACAGCCUUGCCUCAGUGUGUUCGCUGCCCCCAGAGCCAGAGAAUGGUGGCUACAUCUGCCACCCCCGGCCUUGCAGAGACCCCCUGAACGCGGGCAGCGUCAUUGAGUACCUGUGUGCCGAAGGCUACAUGUUGAAAGGCGACUACAAGUACCUGACCUGUAAGAAUGGAGAGUGGAAGCCAGCCAUGGAGAUCAGCUGCCGUCUCAACGAAGACAAAGAUGCCCACACGUCCCUGGGGGUCCCCACACUGUCCAUAGUGGCUUCCACUGCCAGCUCCGUGGCGCUCAUUCUCCUCCUCGUGGUGCUGUUUGUGCUACUGCAGCCGAAGCUGAAGUCCUUCCAUCACAGCAGGCGCGACCAGGGAGUAUCUGGCGACCAGGUGUCCAUCAUGGUGGAUGGAGUCCAGGUUGCGCUCCCGUCCUAUGAGGAAGCUGUGUAUGGCAGUUCCGGUCACUGCGUGCCACCUGCUGACCCCAGGGUGCAGAUCGUGCUGUCAGAAGGGUCUGGGCCCAGUGGGAGGAACGGGCCAAGGGAGCCGCAGUUGCAGGACCAGGGGGCCUGUUCCUCUGCAGGCGGAGAGGAGGAGGCCCCGGGCCAGUCUGGACUGUGUGAAGCCUGGGGUUCUCAAGGCUCUGAGACUGUGAUGGUGCAUCAGGCGACCACCUCUUCCUGGGUGGCCGGCUCAGGGAACAGCCGAGCGGCAUACAAAGAAGCCCCAGAUUCAGAGAACAGUGACAUACAAAGCCUUUUAUCCCUCACAUCGGAGGACUACACAGAUGAUAUCCCACUGUUGAAAGAAGCAUGAGCGCUGCCAUGGGCCUCUCCUCUCUGCGACGGUCCUCUCUGCCCUUCGUCCCUCUCCCUGUGGGUUUGAGCACCCUGUACUCCAGCCACCCUACCCGGAUACCUGAGCCGCCACCUGUGUAUCUGUGUAUCUCUGUAUCUCUGAGGGCCUCCACGCCCACCUUGCUGGAAACUCAAGGAAGAUUCUCACCAUCUGCCUGCUGGACAGCUGGAGGAGCUGGCAUUUUGCCUAGCCCGGCCUUCCCAUCUGUGUCGGGGACAUAUUUGAAUGUGCUGGACAGAACUCUUCCUCUCCCUGAGCCCUCCGGAUCCCCUGCAGCCAGCUCUUUGGCGGCAGACCCCACCAGCCCGCGCGGGCCUGAGAGCCGCUGUGUUUACUUGUGCCUUCCCCCACCCCCGACCCCUCCAGUCCCCCUGUCAUGCAGGCUCGUUGCUCUCCUGCAGGCCUCAGUGGCUGCACUGCUGCCCUCUGCCACACAGGGUGCCGGGCCUGGGGCUGGGGCUGGCCUGGCGCCGCUGCCCUUAGCAGGAGCAGAUCCAAAGGUGGCUCUGAUUAGGGCGAGAAUGUGGGUCCCUGGCCUGCCCUUGGUUGAUAACUGGUGGCACAUGUCUUUGGCUGAGGAUGCAGGAUGUGGAAAAUCAUGCCAAAGCUCUCCUAGCGCCCAGCCAUCCAGCUCGGAGGUGCUGGAUCCUGGCCCUGCUGAGUUUCCAAGAAGCAUGGAGAAGAUGCUGAGGGAGGGAAGGAAGGUGGCUGAGAAUGAUUGUCUUCUAAUAUGCAAGUCCUCACUUCCUACUUCCAGCAUCGGCCUUCCUGGCCUUAGUUUUCUCUGUUUCACUGGAGUGUAAGGGGAAGUGGCCUGCUGCCUCCUGGGUUGGAUCCUUGGCAACCUCCGCCUCCUUGCUGUCCACAGGGGCCGCGUGAAUCAUCGCUGGGACGGGAGAGUUGCUGAGGUGCUGCGGAAUGCCCGCGAGGCCACUGGCAUUGGGGGCAGUUGCCCCAUUCUGGGUUCGUGGUGACGAAGGAAGCCUGAGAGGCACAGACCGAGUCUCCAGGCAGCUGCAGGCAGCUCCGCCCCAGUCCUGAGGGUCCUCGUCACCACAGUCACGUGCCUUAGUAACUGUGCCCAGGAAGCGUGCCGCUGCUUGCUGCACCGCUGCUUUUCCUCGUCGUGUUUCCCCUCCCACCCUUCCACGUGUCAGCUAACAGACGACUCCCUGCUCUCCCCGCGCACCUGGAGAGGGGCUGACUGUUCUAGACACCCUGCCGUCGAAGGGGGUGGGCUCCGUGCUCCCCGAUGCUUCUGCCGGGGGCUCCCGCUUGGCCGCCUGUGGCUGCUGACCAAGGCCGGGGUGGCAGAGCUCAGCCAGGCUGCUGCCAUCUGCAGAUGUGGCACGGAGGAGUGCUUAGUUCUGUUCUGUUUUUGAAGCACUGGGGCUGAGACACUUGUCACUGACCCCGCCUGCACCUCUGCUCGUCCCCGAGCCGCUCUGUUGGGGUAGUGAAAACAAUAAAGAACCCCUGUAUUUUCAGUA